AGCGUCCUGGAGAGACUCAGGAUGGACUGCAGGAAACACCUGCAAAAGGCAGGGAUGAGCAACCCAGAGAUUUUCCUUCUCUCCAGCUGUGAAUUCACCAAGUAUGAUGCUCCUGGCCUGGUCAAGACUUUGCAGGAUGAUCUCCAAGGUCUGCAGAGACUUGCCUUUCUGCUCAGUCUGCCAAACCUGUCUGCCGAAAUCAUAGAGGAGAAGAAAGCUGCCAUGCAGAAUCUGAUAUGGCUAAUAUCCCUCGCAUCGGCUUUAGUCAAUGUCAUUCCUAUCCCGCGGCUCUCUGUUGCUUGUGAUAUUAGCAUUCUGCUAGGAUCCAUGAUUGCCUUCUACAAGUACUUUGGCCUAGAUGACGGCUCCUUGGCUAAUCUGGCCAGGCAGACUGGGAAACCGAUAGCGGAGCUGAAGGCUGUUAUCAUAUCUCCCAGGAAAGAAGAAAUAAACAGAGAUGUUGUAAUCAAACUGCUUCUAAAGGAGGAGAAGGGUUUGCCUAGAUUAACUGCAAAUCUACCAGUGCUUGGUCCCAUGUUAACUGUGGGAAUCUCUUUUUCAACCACCUACUUCAUGCUGUUGAGAUUUCUCAAUGAAGUGGCUGAAGAUGCCGAAAGGGUUCGGAAGACCGCUUUGAAGGAAGACAAGAAAAAGCGUAAAUGA